AUGAACACUUGUAUUUUUUACAGUGGCACGCUCUGUGCCAAAAGCGCCGGCGGUGCGCAGGCAGCCUCCAGAUCACACAGUUGGAUAGAUGGUAUCACCAGCAUGUGAUCAGGCUGCUGAGCCUAUAUGAGCAGCCUCUCUUAAUCUUUAACAAAACAAUGUAAUGUGGUGCAGGUGAUCUGGCGCUCCUCCUGGACUGUGGACUAACUGGACUGACCUCGGGUGUCGUCCGUCUGGGGGUGAUGGGGAUGAAGGUGGUGAUCAUGAAACCGGCUGUCUGUUUCUACGAAAUCCGCCAACUUUCACUGCCUCUUUUCUUUUUCUCCUUCUUGUUCUUCUACUUGUGCGUGUGUCUUUAAAGCCCAACAGCAUGCAGAUCUCCCCGACUGAAGACAAGAUACCUGUUGUUGAUUCAACUUCAAGCUCUCACAGCAGGGGAGAAGGUCACUACUUUUCUGAUGGCCGACGCAAAGUUGACUACGUUUUGGUCUUUCAUCAGAGACGGCACAGCUCCAUACGAUCUCCUGCCGGCACCUCAGUUUCACAUGACAGGUUAUCCAUUGUUUCCAAUGGCAACUUUCCUCCUUCAGUGGGUUCCGAUGUGGAGGCAGGAAGUGGAGGUGGCAUACCAGCAAGGGAGGCUGCAAGUGUUGGCGAGGUGUUCAUGGAGCUCGGAGGUGGAGGUAGGAAUGAGCCAACGGAACCUGCUGACCACGAGAUGCGGCUAAUCAGACAGGAAUUUGAAGCCAACCUCGUGGAGGCCGGCCUGGAGAUAGAGAGAGACAAAGAGUUAAAGACCCACGGCUCCAGCUUCACUCGUCUUCACGCGCCCUGGCCGGUACUGUGUCGAGAGGCUGAGUUUCUCAAGGUUAAAGUCCCCACCAAGACGAGUUAUGAACUUAAAGAAGAAAGCGGUUUUGGGUCCAGUAUGAGCACAGUGUGGAGGAAACUGAACCAGCCUUUCCAGCCCAAAGUACCACAUCAGGACCACGAACGCACCAAGUUUCUCUCACACUGCUUCUCCAGGGACAAACUCCACCUGUACAACAUCGCGUCUAAAGACACGUUCUUUGACAACGCCACGAGGGGCCGAAUCGUGUAUGAGAUCCUGAGACGGACGGUGUGUGUACGAACCUGUCAAACCAUAGGCAUCAGCACAUUGAUAGCUAAAGGCGUGUACGAUUCUGCUUUCCCUCUCCAUGAUGGUGACUAUAAGGUCGUGGGACACCUUGAAGAGAGGAACGACAGACAGGUUCUACAUGAAGAGUGGGCCAGAUACUCAGCCUUUUACAAGUACCAGCCCAUUGAUCUUGUCAGGAAGUACUUUGGGGAGAAGAUCGGUCUGUACUUCGCAUGGCUUGGUGUUUACACCCAGCUGCUGAUACCUGCCUCCAUUGUGGGAAUCAUUGUGUUUGGCUACGGGGUGGCAACAGUGGAUACCAACAUUCCCAGCCAGGAGAUGUGCGACGACAGUCUCAAUUUCACCAUGUGUCCUCUGUGCGACGGAGCGUGUGACUUUUGGCACCUCAGCACUGCCUGCGGCACCGCCAGGGCCUCGCACCUCUUCGACAACCCCGCCACAGUCUUCUUUGCCAUCUUCAUGUCUCUGUGGGCUGUGCUGUUCCUGGAGCAGUGGAAGCGCCGUCAGAUCAGUUUGAGCUUCAGCUGGGAUCUAACGGGCAUAGAGGAGGACGAGGAACAUCCUAGGCCAAAGUAUGAGACCAUCCUCCUUCAGAAGCGGCAGAGGAAGCAGAAACAUAAGAAAAAGAAGAAAAAGAAUGAGCCAGAGAAGCAGGAGGACGGGACAGUGACAGGGAAGGACAGAUGGAGACAAAAACUGCUGUCUGCCAUGGCUGCAGGAAUGCCGGCUGCCAUAGAGAAGUUGACCUGGAAAGACCGCCUUCCUGGAUACUUCAUCAACAUUUCCUCUAUCCUCUUUAUGUUUGGCUUGACAUUUUCAGCUGUUUUUGGCGUCAUCAUCUACCGGAUCACAGUGUCGGCCCUGAUGGCGAUGAGCCCCGACCCGGAGACCAAGUCCAAUGUUCGAGUAACGGUGACGGCCACUGCAGUCAUCAUCAACCUGGUGGUUAUCCUGGUCCUUGAUGAAAUCUACGGCGCUGUGGCAUUGUGGUUAACUGAGCUAGAGAUUCCUAAAACUGAAACUAACUUUGAGGAGCGCCUCAUCCUGAAAGCCUUCUUGCUCAAGUUUAUGAACGCAUAUGCGCCCAUCUUUUAUGUGGCUUUCUUCAAGGGACGGUUUGCUGGUCGACCGGGAAAUUACGUGUAUGUCUUUAAUGAUUAUCGAAUGGAAGAGUGUGCACCAGGAGGCUGUCUCAUUGAGUUGUGCAUUCAGCUCAGCAUCAUCAUGCUGGGGAAGCAGCUGAUCCAGAACAACAUCUUUGAGAUCGGCAUCCCGAAGCUGAAGAAGCUGGUGCGUGAGAUAAAGAAUAAAGGACCAGCAGAAGAGGAGAGGAAAGAGGAGGGGCCCCCACAGCAAUGGAACCUGGACUACGCCCUGGCUCCCUUUGAAGGCCUCACGCCUGAAUACAUGGAGAUGAUCAUCCAGUUUGGAUUCGUCUCUCUGUUCGUGGCUUCAUUUCCACUUGCUCCUCUGUUUGCUCUGCUCAAUAAUGUCAUCGAGAUCAGACUGGAUGCCAAAAAGUUUGUUACAGAGCUACGCAGGCCGGUCGCUGUGCGUGCUAAAGACAUUGGUAUAUGGUACAACAUACUGAGUGGAAUGGGUAAAUUCUCAGUCAUUAUAAAUGCCUUUGUGAUCUCCUUCACGUCAGACUUCAUCCCACGGCUUGUCUACCUGUACAUGUUCAGCCAGACCGGCACCAUGCACGGCUUCAUCGACCACACACUCUCUUAUUUCAACGUGUCUAAUUUUAAACCGGGCACCGCACCACAGAGCUCUGAGCACGGAGACAUCACCGUCUGCCGGUAUAAAGACUACAGAGAACCCCCCUGGUCUCCAGAUGCGUACACGUUCUCCAAACAGUACUGGUGUGUCCUGGCAGCGAGACUGGCUUUCGUCAUACUGUUUCAGAAUCUGGUGAUGUUCCUCAGCCUCGUGGUUGCCUGGGUGAUCCCUGACGUUCCCAAAACCAUUGUGGAGCAGCUCAAACGGGAAAAGAAACUCUUGGUUGACGUCUUCUUACGGGAAGAGAAGGAAAAGUUUCAGCUCAUCCAGAGCCUCUUCUCCAAGGACGCCACCCUCCACCCGGGCGACCACAUGCUCCACCGAAGCCAGGGCUCCUUUAUCCCGGGUCGCUACAGCACUCUCCCCCCAGGUCCAAUGCAGGGCUCGGCCGGUGACAGAGGAGAGGGGCCAAGGGCAAGGUGUCGGGCCGCCAGCUUCAGCCAGUUCACCAGGAAUAUUCCCCCGUCGCCCAGGAAUGAAAAUGAGAAUUCGAGACACACAGCAGUGUGACAUCUAAAACACGCAUCUGCAGGGGUGCCUCAGCUGGGCCUUGGGACUGGAGAACAUGUUGCCCGGAUCGUUCAGUCCGUCUCUGCCUACGUCUUUUGUGACCUGGUGUGUGUGACAUAGUAGUGCUGUGAUUUAUAAAACCACAGCAAAAUCCGAACAAAUUUGAUUUCACUGGUCUCGGUGUGGCUGAAUGUGCGAUGUCUGCACUGGAUGAAUGGGUGUCUUUGUGUUGUUCCUCUUUGCAGCGACUGUUCACCUGAUAAAACGUUUUUUACUUUUUGGUAAAAAUAAAUUAUUUUGCGAGGCACAUUUGCUUCAUAGCGUAGACAAGCAAUAAUUACUGUGGUAGGCUGAACAAAUGAAUAUUAUAAGUACUUGGAAAAACUGCAUAUAACGAAAGGACUAUUAACAAAUGGACAGAUACAUAAACAGAUCAAUGAGCAUCGCGGCUCCUCACUAGGACUGGGAACUGUGAAAAUUCUCCUGCUUUUUGUGCUUAUGUAGUUCAUGUAUUUUUUUUGUUUUGAACAGAAUUUGUAGCAGCUACAACAUUCCACAUUUUCUGUACUUUUCAAUACAUGGUAUCAGAAGCACACAGGCGCCUUCUAGAAGGACAAAUCAUUUCUGUAUACCAUUUACUGUGUUUGAGCUGACUUUUCUUCACAGAGUUCAGGAAUCACUUUGAAUCCUUUUAGGACUUUACUAAAACUGUGCAGUUAGUCAAUAAACAGCUGCUGGUGUUGUCUACACCCUGCCCUUCGUAUUCGAUGGAAGGAUGCACAUGCCAACGUGGCACAUUUCUGCAUGCCACUCAUAAUCCACUCCAAGCAAUAGUUUUAGAAAUAGAUGAUCUGUGAAAGCAAGAUCUUGUUAGCCAUAUGGACUUCUAUAGGUACAGCUAAAUAUGGUUAAUCCAACUCUUUUGCAAACUGUGAAUGGGUGAAUGAGUUAUAAAUUAUCUUACUGUUUUCAUUGUCAACCGAAUAAGUACUUCAUCAGCAUUAAUAUAUACAUUAUGAAAUACUAGACUGUACACUCUGACAUUCCUGGAGGUAAGUUGCAAUUGAAUCUGGGUUACUACUGGUCAAAUGAAGUAAAUAAAAGAACUUACUUGUUGCGCAACCUCUUCAACAACUGAGAAACACAUACUAUCAGAUUUUAUUUUGUGUAACUGGGCCAUCUCCAGCCAGUUCAUCACUGAUAUCUGAUUGUUUUGGAGUUAGAUCUUCAGUGUAUUGUUGUUAAUUUAUUAGUAUACUAAUUAAAUUAGCUUUUUAAUGUUACAGUCAAACAGAAUUCUCCUCACUUUUGUGUAAGGAAAGCUAAGCAUAGGAAAGCAUACUUUUCUAUUGGAAGAGAUUUUUGUUUUUUUUGAUGUGUUACUGGAAACUUUGUCUUCUGGGUGGUUUGUGAGCAGUCGACUAGUAUUUGGGCUGGCAUUUCUAGGAAGAAAUCUCUUCCCUGCUUUUUCUACAAGCCCACAUAAUGUUAAUUAAAUACUAUUAGCAAUGAAGACAUCUGUCACUUUACCCUUUACAACAUGCGAUAUCUGUGAGGACCCAUUGUAUGUCAUACAUUGUUAUACAGUGCAACCAGUGCAUGGCAAUUAUGUUUAUAAAUGUUCAUUUCAAGAGGAUGCCAGCAGCAAGCUAAGCUGACUAGCUUUUUACUCAGGAAAUAUAAGCUAAUUAGCCUAGCUUGUCAGGUUGUUAUUUCAACACUUACAUCUACAGCUCCCGCACCGUCAUUUCUUAGUGAUGAUGAUAGAAAGAAGGGGGUCUAGCUAGCAAUAGCUAUUU